GUUGCGCAGCUGUUGUUGUUGAUCGGUCGAUGCAAGGCAAGGCAUUGUGCGUGCAUCAACAAUCAACAGCGACGAUGAAUGUCAUUCAAUAGUAGUAGUCUAGCUAGUCUGCUACCGACCGGUAAUUGCGAAAGACAGAAAGGAAGACCCAGCCCAAGCCAGCUACUACUAGUAGCUAGCUAGGUCCAGCUAGCUAGAGGAAAAUCUCAGAACAUGUCCGCAAUGGUCCAGUUGCUUCCAAUGAUGGAAGUCGUCUACAACCGAAAGAAGGCGACUUACUUCAAGAUGGCUCACAGCAACCUGCGAGGAACGCAUGUUGUGGCCGUCAAUCACAUUCAAGCAGGUGCAGUAGUACUCAUUGAGAAGGCGUUGCACAUUCAGCCCACCAAGAACCAUCCUUCUCUCUCUGUGGAUCCUGAGUAUCAGUCCUUGAUUGGAAUUCUGGAUGGCGGCAGUACGAGUGCUGCUAGUAGCACGUGUAGUAGUACUGCUCAUAAAGACGCAGUGGGCCGUUUGGCAGAGCUCAAUGCCACAGCCUACGUGCAAGGGUCAAAGCAGAAAGAUGAGAUUUGGCAGCUUGAAGACUCCCACCGUCAAGCACGGGUAGGUGAUACUGUCAAAAUUCAUGGUCUGGCUUCCGAGGCAGGCAAAAAGCUGAAUGGCAAGUACGGCGAAAUAUCCAAGAAGGAUGAGAAGGACGAGAACCGAUUUGGUGUGAUGGUUGCAAUGGGGGCCAAGAACAACAAGAAGAGCAAAAGCAAGUCUGUUUUGAGAUCCAUCAAGCCGUGCAAUCUCAAAACACUUGGCGGGAUUAUGCGUACCAAUGCAUACCACGACGGCUCCUUGGAAGCAAACCUUCUCUUCAAGGAGCUCUGUAGGAUCAAUCAUGCCUGUGGCGAUGCUGCCAAUGUGAACCGAACGAUUCAUCAGGGAAAGGUGUAUGUGGUUGCCAAGAGAGACAUUGCUGAUGGAGAAGAGCUGUUGAUUGAUUAUCUACCCCUUGCAACUGAACUGGGAAGGGAUCGCCUCGAGUUGCUGCACAACAUGUUCAACUUUUGGUGCCAGUGUUCGGAACACCAGCAGCUUGCCUGAUUGCAGGAGCUUGCUGAGGAGAUCAAAUGCGGAGGCUCUAAUUUCCCCUUGGGGCAUCGGGUUCUUCAGAUGAUCCACAGCCGCUUAUUCGACGAAAAGUAAGUGAGUUGCACUAUUCGUUCACUAUAAGCCAGGAGUUAGAGAUGGCUACAUAUCCAUACACUAUACUCUC